GCAGGAAGUUGUAUCACCUAUUGUGCGGUAUCCUCCGGAUUGAAUUACAGACGCGCAACACUAUUUAGCGGAACCGUUUCCUGUGUCAAAAUAUCUUGCUAGCCGACACCUCAAACAUUCAACUAUUGUGUGGGACAAGAGUUUUUCGAUUUUGAAGAUAACAUGGAUGGUGAAGAGAAGACCUAUGGUGGCUGUGAAGGCCCAGAUGCCAUGUAUGUGAAGCUGAUCUCCUCUGAUGGCCACGAGUUCAUAGUGAAGAGAGAACACGCCUUGACCUCAGGGACCAUCAAAGCCAUGUUGAGUGGACCAGGUCAGUUUGCAGAGAAUGAAACCAACGAAGUGAACUUCAGAGAGAUCCCCUCCCAUGUCCUGUCCAAGGUGUGCAUGUACUUCACCUACAAGGUCCGCUACACCAACAGCUCCACGGAGAUCCCAGAGUUCCCCAUCGCCCGGAGAUCGCCCCUGGAACUACUCAUGGCUGCCAACUUCCUGGAUUGUUAA